AUGGGCUUCCGGAAAUUCUCCCCCUUGCUGGCUCUAGGCAUCUUGGUCCUGUGCCAGGCAGGCAGCCUCCAGGCGGCGCCCUUCAGAUCCGCCUUGGAGAGCAGCCCAGACCUGGCCACACUUAAUGAAGAGGAAGCGCGCCUCCUGCUGGCUGCACUGGUGCAGGACUAUGUGCAGAUGAAGGCCAGCAAGCUGGAGCUGGAGCAGCAAGAGCAGGUGCAGGAGCUAGAGACGGAGGGCUCCAGUGUCACUGCCCAGAAGAGAGGCUGCAACACUGCCACCUGCGUGACCCAUCGGCUGGCAGGCUUGCUGAGCAGGUCAGGGGGAAUAGUGAAGAGCAACUUUGUGCCCACUAAUGUGGGCUCUGAAGCCUUCGGCCGGCGUCGCAGGGAGCUCCAGGCCUGA